AUGGCAAGCAAACGUAAACAUAACUCGUGUACAUUGAAAGAAAAACUGGAAGUGUUGAAAAGACUUAACAAAGGUGAAAGUGCCACUCAGUUAUCGAAGGAAUUUGGUGUCGGGAAAGCAACAAUUUCCUAUUGGAAAAAGAACAGAGGUAAAAUUGAGCAGUUUUGCGCUACCACAAGUGAAAAAACGAUUGAAAAACGUAGCAAGACGACAGUGUCUUCUUACGAAAAAUUGGACGAAGCACUUUUCUUAUGGUUUACACAAGAAAGACAGAAAGGAAUCCCUAUCACUGGCCCUCUAAUUCAAGAAAAGGCACUUCAAUUGAACAAGCUCAUGGACGGUGACGUAUCAUUUACGGCUAGUUGUGGUUUCUUAGACCAAUGGAAGAAAAGACACGGAAUCAGGCAGCUUACAAUAACUGGGGAGAAAUUGUCAGCGGACAACAAAGCAGCUGUUGAAUACCUUGAGGAGUUCAAAUGCAUCAUUUCUUCCUACUUGCCCCAGCAGGUUUACAACGCAGAUGAGACAGGACUUAACUUUAAAGCAUUGCCUACCAAAAGUCUUGCAUCACAAGAGGAACGAUCUGCACCAGGGUUUAAAAUGGAUAAACAGCGCCUAACUGUGUUGGCCUGCAGCAAUGCUUCUGCCACAAAUAAGCUUCCACUAAUGGUUAUUGGCAAAUCGGCAAAACCACGCUGUUUUAAGAACAUGAACAUGAACUCUCUCCCUGUUUUUUACAGAAAUCAAAAGAAAGCUUGGAUGGAUCGUGCCUUGUUCCAAGAAUGGUUUGACAAGCAAUUUGUGCCAAAAGUAAAGGCGUUUAACAAAGAAAAUGGAUUGCCUCCUCGUGCUUUGUUACUUAUAGACAAUGCUCCGUCACAUCCAGAAGAAAUGCAAGUUGUUUGCGAUGAUAUCAAGGCUAUUUUUCUCCCACCAAAUGUCACAUCGAUUUUGCAGCCAAUGGACCAAGGGGUUUUGCAGGCUUUGAAACAGAAUUAUAGAAAAAUGCUUCUUCGUAGCCUACUUGAAGAUAAUGAAGAGCUAACAAUUUUGGAUAAACUCAAGAAAAUUAACAUCAAAGAUGUUAUUUACUGGGUUGCUGAAGCUUGGGAAAACACACGCAAGGAAUCCUUACAGAAGUCUUGGAAAAAUCUCUGGCCUGAGCUAGAGUUUGUCCAAACAGUUUUCCCCCCGACAAAAGAAAAUUGCGAAGUUCUUCAAUUGGUGAAAAGAAUGCCAGGUUGUGAAAAUGCAGAAGAAGAGUGCGUGGAAGAGUGGACGGCCGUUGACGACUGUGGCCAUGAAGAAUACACAGAUGAUGACAUUGUGGCAGCUGUGCAGGGAACGUCAGCUGAUCUCGGCGCAGACGACAGUGAGGAGGAAGGGGACGCACCGACUGAUGUUGUUCCACACACUGCCGCAGCCAGUGCCCUUGAUCUCGCUUUGCGCUACGUUGAGCAACACGCCGAUGCAACCCCAACAGAUGUUAUGUUUAUGCGGCGUUGGCGAAACAUUGCUUCUUCAAGCCAUUUUAGUUCGUUGCGUCAGAAGAAGAUCACUGACUUUACCUCUUAG